AUGUCACAGCUAGAAAAGGAACUGAUAGAACGCGCCAAGGAGCGCGGUGUUGACAGGGCAACAGCACGCCAAACUCUCACCGAUAAACUACUGUGGAAGGAAAAAGACGAAGUUGCGACAAUUCGUAUGCUCAGAUGGGCGCUAAUUGUACUGAGCAAAGACUCAGUUGGAGUAAUUCCAAAUGAGAUUUGUGCUGUAAUGAUGGAGAAGGCUGCAAUUGUAGGCGAACUACGACUGAUUCGACGUGGAUUUCAGCCAAAACCAUCAAGAAAUGCACAAAAUGUUCGCAACAUUGUAUGGGAUCCAAGCUUAUCCUCAGACGUUAACAUGGCAGCGGUACAGCUGGUCAAGUUCGUUCAGGGAACAUGGAAUGGUCUCGUAAUGGUAGGACAGCGUUAA